AUCUGAUACCUUUCCGCCCGGCCACUAUCAAUCGAUCAGAGAGCGGAAGAUGGCGGUUCAUCGAGUCUGAACGUCUAGAUCGAUCACCGAAUAACUCGAUUGGGUAGACUGUGCAUAGAGUUAAGAAUUUCAUCCAAAGCAGUACCGUUGCAAGUAUUAACCUUGGAGAACGCAGCGGGUCCUUAGAGGCCCUUCUCAAACUGUGCUAGUAAGAAAUGGAUUUUCCUUGGCAUAGUGGAAAAGUUCUAGAGCAGUUAAACCACCAGCGCCAACUGGGGCUGUUAUGUGACUGCACCUUUGUGGUGGAUGGCAUUGACUUCAAAGCCCACAAAGCUGUGCUGGCAGCUUGCAGUGCUUACUUCCGCACCCUAUUCCUGGAUCAGAAGGAUGUUGUGCAUCUGGACAUCAGUAAUGCAGCAGGUCUGGGUCAGGUCCUUGAGUUUAUGUACACUGCCAAGCUGACUUUGAGCUCUCAGAAUGUGGAAGAUGUGUCGGCUGUGGCCACAUUCCUACAGAUGCAGGAAAUCGUCAAUGCCUGCACUGCCUAUCAAACCCUGGCAGUCUCUCCGUCUGAAACUUCAGCAAAUGACUCUGCCACUUACAAGGUAGAGGAAGGUGAACAGAAAUCAGCGUCAGACAAACCAGUGACUGGAACAGAAGAGGAGCAGGAGAACAGCGCCCCCUCAGUGAAUGGGGCGUCUGACAAACAACCCCCCAACACGCAAGGACCUCCUUCGGAGACCACGGAGGAUGAGCAGGCGGCAAGCAGCAUCGCCGAGUCCCAGAACUCUCAGGUGAAGGCCACUGUGGCCCGAGCUACCCGGAUGCCCAAAGCCCCCUCGUACUCCAAACCCAGGAAGGCCGGGGUCGCCUCUGAAAAGAAGGAGGAAGCAGAGGAGGAGGAGGGCGCAGUGAAGGAGGUUCCGUUUCAAGAUGACCCCUCAGAUGCUGACUACACACCUAAGUUCCAAUACAAAUCAUCAUUAGCAGCAAAAUCCUACAUCAGCACUCGUAGGAGAAGGCUGAGAACUGCAACAAGGCGCUUGCUCGCACGAGAUCGUGAUGGUGAGGAGUCAGAAGUGACAAACACAGCUGCUGAGGGUACCAGCGUACAAGUGGCUGAAGGAGAGGAGGAAGAUGGGGAAGUGGGGGAUGAGGAGGAGGAGGAGGAUGACGAAGAGGAGGACGAAGAGGAGGGUGACGAUGAGGAAGGGCAGGACGAGAGUGGAAGCGAGGGGCGGUCGGGCAGGCUGGGGGGCACUUCUGACCGAAGCGAGUCCCGAGCAUACAGCUCCAUCACCCACAAAUGUGAGGACUGUGGGAAAAAGUUCACUCACACGGGCAACUUCAAGAGGCACAUCCGCAUCCACACGGGUGAGAAGCCCUUCAGCUGCAGAGACUGCCACAAAGCCUUCUCUGAUCCAGCUGCCUGCAAAGCACACGAGAAAACACACAGCCCACUGAAGCCCUACUGCUGCUCGACGUGUGGUAAGAGCUACCGGCAGAUCAGCCUGCUCAACCUGCACCGUAAACGGCACACAGGCGAGGCGCGCUACAGCUGCGAAGACUGCGGCAAGCUCUUCACCACCUCUGGCAAUCUGAAGCGCCACCAGCUGGUGCACAGCGGUGAGAAGCCGUAUCAAUGCGACUACUGCGACCGCGCCUUCUCCGACCCCACCGCCAAGAUGCGCCACCUGGAGACCCACGACACAAACAAGGGGCACAAGUGCUCCCACUGUGACAAGAGGUUCAACCAGAUCGGGAAUCUGAAAGCUCACCUGAAAAUCCACAUUGCAGACGGGCCACUGAAGUGUAAGGAGUGUGGCAAACAGUUCACCACCUCAGGGAACCUGAAGAGACACCUGCGGGUUCACAGCGGGGAGAAGCCCUACGUGUGCAUGCACUGCCAGAGGGCUUUCGCUGACCCGGGAGCCCUGCAGAGACAUGUCCGCAUCCACACAGGUGAGAAGCCUUGCCUUUGUCUCAUAUGUGGGAAAGGCUUUGCUCAGGCCAGCUCUCUCAUCGCUCAUGUCCGGCAGCACACCGGAGAAAAGCCCUACGUCUGUGACCGCUGCGGGAAAAGGUUUGUACAGUCCAGUCAGUUGGCCAAUCACAUCCGACACCACGACAACAUCCGGCCACAUGUCUGCCAUGUCUGCAACAAGGCAUUCGUCAACGUCGGUGAUCUUUCCAAGCACAUUAUCAUUCACACAGGCGAAAAGCCAUUCCUCUGCGACAAAUGCGGCAGGGGUUUUAACCGCGUGGACAAUCUGCGCUCGCACGUCAAAACUGUUCACCAGGGUAAGGCGGGCAUGAAGCGGCUGGUGGUUGCUGAAGGAGAUGAGGGAGACGAUAGUCUACAACCAGCCUCCACGUCUGCCUCGGAGAUGGAUGACGGUGAAGUCAACAUAGUCACAGUCACCACUGAUGACAUUGUGACCCUGGCUACAGAGGCAUUGGCAGCCAGUGCAGUGGCACAGUUAACAGUGGUUCCAGUUGCAGCUACCGUGUCAGCAGAUGAAACGGAAGCCCUAAAAGCAGAAAUUACCAAGGCUGUGGAGAAGGUGCAAGAGGCGGACCCCAACACACAGAUCCUGUAUGCGUGUGACUCUUGCGGGGAGAAGUUCCUGGAUGCUAGCUCCCUGGCCCAGCAUGUGCGCAUCCACACAGCACAAGCCCUGGUCAUGUUCCAGGCCGACUCUGACUUCUACCAGCAGUACGCCACGGGGGACGGCACCUGGCAGACCACUGAACAGGUCAUCCAAGGCGGGGAGCUCCUCUUCCGCACACGAGACGGAGAGGAAGAGGUGGAGGCCGGGACGGAUGGAGAGGGUGCAGCGGCCGCAGCACUGGAGGCAGGGCUGCCUCCGGAGGAGGAGGAGGAGGAGGAGGAGAGAAAGGAGGAAACAGAGACUGAGGUGGAGGGAGGAGGGGAGGUGGUAGAGAUGGACUGUGAUGGCCAGAUCUGAAAAAGAUCACGUUCAAGUCACUUGAUUAAUUGCACUAUAGAAGCUCCUAGGUGUAGAUGCUUGUUUCUGUUUAAAUACUCUGAACCCCUCCUGUGGGUUUGUCACCAAUGAAUUCCUUUGUUUAUAAGGACAGCAUAGUUGAACUCUUAUGUCUGAGAGAAAAAGUCCCCACCUUAUGUUAUCUCUCCAUGUUCUUUUAGAGUUUGUGAUACUAUGUCUUAAUAUUUUUCAGUAUGAUCAGGGUGUUGAUUAACAAUCAAACAUAGACUCUCUGAGUAAUAAAUGUGUCUCCUCCCAAUAUGUAUCACAUUCACAAUAAUUGUCUUUUGGCACAAUAUGUAGAAUAUCACUAAUUUAUUUUACUUAUCUAAAUAACCGUAUGUCUUCCUAGGCGUUUUCUAUACUCCCGUUGCCAUAUUUCUUGUCAGCUUUGUGACAGAAUGCACCUUGCCUAUUUUGUGUGGUUGUAAAUAUACCUAUCCUUUCCACAGACCAGUGGAAUAAGAACCAUGCAUGUUUUGCACCAAUAGUGUAAAAGAUGCCAUGUGACAUUGACACCUGACAACAGCUCUCAAAUCGGAAAUCAAAUGGAAAUCAAAUUGGAUAUUUGUUACUAAAAAACAUAUAUACAUAUACACAUCUGUUAGUUUCUACCGCUGCACGCCACACAAACAACUUCAGGUAGCAAAAGACAUUUGUCUGUUCAAAGAACAGUUUUACCAGUUUUAGACAAACACGUGUAUUCAGUUAAUGCAAAGUAGUGGAGUCUUUAGAUCUGGAAAGCUAAGCAUCUGUGUAUGGAAGUUCUUGGUGACCUUGCAUAUGUUUAUUCUUUUGUUUAUCAGAACAAAUUAAAGUCGGUCUUUACAAAGUAAUCACAGAUUACACCUGUUACUGUGCUUUCAUAAUAAAAACCAUUUCAUGCAUUUUGCUAAAAAUGAA